CUAUUCAGCAUGGCUGUUGGAGCAGAUUUCUCUUUCUAAUUUUUAUUUGUUUUAUUUAUCUUUUUAUCUUUAUUCUGUUUUAACAAUCUAACCGCCAGAUGGACGAUUUUUCGGGACUCAAUUGGCCUAGCAGCAACAACAACAACAGCCAGCAGCAGAAGAGUGCGAGCAAUUCGCCAGGCGCUGGCAAGCCAUCUGCAAUGCGCAGCACCGCAAGUGGUCCCAAUUACUCGCCCAGCAUGUCUUCACCAGGGCUGAACUUUUCGUCAUCCCAACAAAGCCGCUCGGGCAGCUCUGCCGAAAAGCCGCUUCAGAAAGAUCCCAAAGACGACCCGUUUGGCGAGCUGGUAUCGUUCACUUCGUCGCAGCCCAACCAGGCAAAGAUGACUCUUCGCGAGCGACAGCAAAUACUGGAGGAGCAGACAAAGUCCCGCUCGGGCUCGCCCUUUGCCACACAAUCGCAAUCAAGGCCACACCAGCAGCAACAACAGCAGCAGAAGGAUGUGUGGGAUUUUGAUGUUCUAGAGCAGGUGGGCACGUCUCGGCCGAGUGUUGUCAUGCCGGUGAUGCAGCAAAAGCCAACAGGGUUUGCGACAGGCAGCAGCAAUAGCAGCGCGAUGGACUUUGACCCGUUUUCAGUGUUCUCGAGUACACAGCAGAUAAGGACCAGUAAUAACGACAGCAUCAGGAAUGGCGGCAGUUUCGGUGGAAGCGGCAAAGUUCCUUCGAAAAGCUUUGGCAGCGGACACUUGCUUGACGACGACGAGCCAAUCCCCAUGGAUUUUAACCUGCCGGAAGUGCCCAUAGAGCGAGCUGCGGUAUACCCAGCUGCAGGUCAAUCAGCCGACGCAUUUGCUGACAAUGACUUUGAGAUCGCUCAAAUUGUCGACUACGGGUUCACGGCGGAUCAGGCCAAGGCCGCGCUGGAAAUCACCAGCAGCACGCGGGCGGCAAUCCAGCUUUUGCGCGAGCAACAGUCAACUGCGCGCCAGAUUUCGGGCCAGCAGAUGCAGCAGAAACAGCAGCUGCCAGCAGGCCGCCCUGCUCAAAGCACCGCGUAUCACGAAAGGCCCACCAAGUACAGAGACAGCUCAUCUGACGAUGACCAAGGUACCAACAGGUACGACUAUGGCGACCCUCGCGCCAGAACCAACGGCAGAGGUCGGGGUGACCAAGGUGCAUCUUCAUCCGGCCAAAAGUCCGUCUUUGGCAACAAGGUCAAUACCGAUGUGCUGCUCGCGCAAGCAAACGAGAUUGGCACCAACGUGUGGAAGCAGGCCAACUCGUGGUUUGCUAUGGGUAAGAAGAAAAUAAUCGAGAUUCAGGAGACCGUCUUGGAGCAGCGCAAGGUCGGCAGCGGGUCGGGGAGAUCGUGGCGGGACGAAGAUUAUUUGCCAUCAGCUCAGCCGUACCGCGACUCAUCCUCGGACGAUGAUGCCGAUGUCUACGUGUCUGCGAACCGCCGUGGCCGCCAGCCUGAAAGGCAGCCGGAUAACUUUGGCAGAAAAAAGGAGAGCUUUGGUGGACGCAGUGCCUCAAGACCCGCUGCGCAGACAGAGACAUUUAUCGACAUGAAUACCGGAUUUGGAGCAGCUUCAUCGCCUUCACUUGGAUCGGGGUCACAGCAGCAGCAGCGCUAUAUGUCCUCCCCGAGUAUGUACGCCAGUAGGCUGGAGGCAAAAUCAGCGAGCCAAAGCCCGCGGCCGCCAGCUGCUGCCAUACCCGCUGCAGCACAGGUCCCAGCGCUGCCUGGUCAUAUCUUGCAAGGAUCCAAUGCGGCCAAAACAAGAGCCAACGACCAAUUUAAGCUAGGCCAGUUUGGCGAUGCCAUUAUCGGGUACACCGACGCAGUCAGCAGCGUUGUUUGCCAUUCCAGCGCGCACCCCAUCCUCAUCCUGCUUUACAAUAACCGUGCCCUGGCGUACAUGCGCAACGGCGAGUCCAAAAAUGCACUUGGUGACUGCAGCCUGUCACUGGAGCUCUGUGACCUGUACCAGGGCAACGGCAUAGUCGAGCUGGGAGCUGAUUCCGGUCGGGUGGACAUAGUCGAUCAGCGUGCAAAGGCGUUGCAGCGGCGUGGCGAGGCAUGCGAGGCUGAUGAAAAGUACACCGAGGCACUGGAUGACUGGAAGAAGCUGAAGGAGGUUGCCCGUGACUCGGGCUCUCGCCAACAGUCCAUGCGCGGCAUCCAGCGCUGCGAAAAGGCGCUGGGAAUCAACCAGCCUGUUAAGCCAAAGGCGCCCGUGGUUAAGCAGCGGCCCGAAGACAUUGCCACGCUGUUUGCCUCGAUUUCAAUUGACACUGUCAAGAGCAAGGGAACGACGAUUUUGAACCAGGAUAGGGAGAAUUCUGCGGCGGUUGCUGAGAUGCGCAGAAAUGACGAGGCUAAGCGCGUGGAGGACGACCAGAGAAUGGCUAUUAUUGAUCAUGUUGAUGCCGAAAUUAAGCGCUGGCGCGACGGCAAGCAGCAGAACCUCCGUGCGCUGCUGUCCAGCCUGCACACACUUUUGCCCGACUUUAAGCCCAUCGGAAUGCACGAGAUCUUGGAGCCAAAUAAGGUUAAGCGCGCCUAUAUGCGGGCUAUUUCCAGGUUGCAUCCGGACAAGUUGAGCAAGGACGUGGACGUGCGGACAAAGAUGAUCUCAUCGAGCGUGUUCACAGCUCUCAACGAGGGUUGGGAUGCAUUCAAAGCACAGGAAGGAGUUAACUAGAUUUUUAGCACAAGCAAAUAAAUAAGUUGGUGUUUACACAAUAUUAGUU